UGAAGCCCCCUCCCGGUGGGUGGGUAGCCCCAAGUCCCCAGCGCCUAGUCUGUAUAUGGUACGUGCUGCUUUUGCCCAGCACAGAGGGUAACACAUUUUUAUGCUGCCGGUUCAGCAUUCCGAAGGACAGCUGUUUUCCCCACCACGACCACCACCAUAGGAAAACACACAGCUGUCCCCUUUUCUCUGCUUUGGGUGUACCUGGCCGUGCUGAAUUCCGAAAACAAUUGCUGUUUCAUCCUAAACCGCCCUUGCAGGGGAAGAGGCUGAGGUUUCACAAAACCAAGCCAGAGUCAGAGAAAGCACAGAAGGGCCGUGAUUUCCAGAACAAGCAUCUGGGCAGUGUCAAAUCUGUUCAGAAAAGUUCCGGUUAUAGAAAAACGACGGUAAAUAGUGCUAGCUGGGACUAGGGCGAAGAAAGCUGUAGUUCACUCCGCACAUAACAAUGUUCACUCUUAAGAGCAGGCUAUUCCUGUUAGAAAAGAAGUGUGUGAUUUGCCUCGCAAAAAUGCCAAGAGAGCAGUUGAUUAGGGCAUGUCACCUCUGGUUUGAUAGAAUUUACCCUGCACUCUUCAGAAGUUUAUCUGUUGCAUGAAGCAAAGGAUGCUACAUCAUAAGUUAGACAUUAUUGAGGAGGUAGAGAGCUAACAAAGAUAACACUAGAAAGUUUGCACAACCCCAGACUAAAGCAAUAGCAAGCCCUAAGCAGGAUGUCACCCUUGCUACUCCCCAUUCCCAUUACCCCUCAAGCUAUUUUGCAUUUGAACCAUACUGUGACACAGUAGAAGGGGUCCAACAAGUCAGCUGUACGCCAGAGUCCCCCGGACCCGUGGCCUGGGGCUAAAAAUAGCCCAGGAACUGGGAUGUGUUUAUUUCAUGCUUAAUUGCAACAGUAAAAGCAUCUUUUUCCAGACGUUCCAAGAAAAAGUGCAUUUUUCUAAGGCAAAUUAAGACUUCAAGAGUGAUUUAGGGUUAGAAAGAGAAAACAGUUGAUCCCUUGAAAUUAAAGUAAUUGUUCCAAGAGUUUUUGUCCAUAAGUCGUUAUAAGCCUAUUUUUUAAAGGCUUUGGUUUCAACCACGAAUUUCCAUCUUAGUGUAUAUCAGUGGUUUCCUACUAGAAACUUAAAUUUAAAAUGUCCUUAAGUGCCAUUAUCUUCAGAGCAGUACCAUGAGAGCUAAGUGGCUUUUCAUUCAUUCAGACAGCUUAGGCCAGAGGAACAGGAACACCGUGGGAGGUAAUAGUUUUCUAACCGAGACAUGCUGGAGAGGAAAAUUGACUGUGCCUGAUUAUGAAGCUGAUUAAUUCUUGGAGAUUUAAUUAGCAUAUUAGUAUCCUGUCUACUUAGGCUUAUUUAAUGCUAACUCCUGGUUCUGGCUCUGCUUUCAGCUAACUCUAUGACUUUGGACAAGUUACUUACUUACUAUAGAACUCAAUGAACGGUUUACAAUUAUACAGUAAAGGGAGGCCGUUCGACUCCAAAAAUGCCAGUGACUGUGAGAUUUGCCCCCUGGGAACCUUCAUGCUCCUGCCCUAACCAUCCUUUGGGAAGAGACUCAUAAGAAAAGACCCCUGCUCAGUGGACUCACCUGGGGAAUUUUAAUGACUACUGCUGCUGGACCUCACCUGGAGAGACUCGGAUCUAAUUGGUGUGGCCUGGGCGUGUGGAUGUUUAGAUGUUCCCCAGCAACUAUGCCCGAGGAGUAUCCUGAUCAGUUCGACGACGUCAUGGAUUUUAUUCAAGCCACCAUCAGAAGACUGAAGAGGUCCCCCGAUAAACAGAUGGCCCUGCUCCCUCGCAGAGAGCGGCAUCGGCAGGCUGCGGCUGCCAGCCCGGAGAGUUCCAGAGGGAAAGCUCGGCGGGGCCAGAGGGGCCGAAAUCGGGGGUGUGUCUUAACGGCCAUACACCUCAAUGUCACUGACUUGGGUUUGGGCUACGAAACCAAGGAGGAACUCAUUUUCCGGUACUGCAGCGGCUCGUGCGAUGCCGCCGAGACCAUGUAUGACAAAAUAUUAAAAAACCUGUCCAAAAACAGACGGCUGGUGAGCGACAAAGUCGGGCAGGCGUGUUGCAGACCCAUCGCCUUUGACGACGACCUGUCCUUUUUAGAUGAUAACCUGGUUUACCAUAUUCUAAGAAAGCAUUCCGCUAAAAGGUGUGGAUGUAUCUGACUCUGGCUCCAGAGACCGCUGUGUAUCGCAUUCCUGCUACAGUGCAAAGAACGGGACCAAGGUUCCCAGCAAAUGUUUGCCCAGGAUGGAAGAUGAGGACCAAGGAGACGGAGGAGGAGGAAUUGGAAGAGGAGGAGGAAGAGGAAGAAGGCAGCCAUUGUGGGAGCCUGGUAGAGGGAGGUCCAGCCACCGAAAACUGGACAGGAGAGAGAAAAAACAGCUGUCUGCAUUCUCCCGGAGGGCGGCCCACGUCACCAGAAGCUCAGGGCUGGUGUCCCUGGUUGGGCAUAGCCGUCAUUUCAUCUGAUACAGUCCACCAUCACCGGUCAGGGGUGCAGUGGCGGAUGCACUUGAAACCAAACCAGUGUAUCUCCUGUGGUUUGUUUUCACAUGUCUGGAGACACCGGGGCCAUGGUCCUCCUGGUGUCAUGCCUUGUCAGGACGUUUUACUGCUGAAAGCAAGAAAGGUUUAUUUUUCUGUCACUCAGUGGAGACAUACCCCGGAGAGGAGGGGGAAGAACACACAAAAAACGCGAAGACACAAGAGCUAUCGAUCGUAACCUUUGAUGUGGAAGGUUCAGGCCUGAGGGUUCCUCCAGCCAGUGUGUGGGGGGGAUGGUGGGUGAUGGAUUUUGAACAGGGUGUGUGGGGUGGGAAGAAGUUGGCUAGGAACCAAAACGGCUGUCCUCGUGACUCAAACCAAACCUGAAGGUAUUUCCUUUCUGUCCUUGGAAACAGGAAACCAGUUGUGGUUUUCGGCAGCAUUCUUGCAGGAGAGCGUGUGGGGAAGGCCCCAGCUGCACCAGGGCGGGGCGGCCGCCAGGCCUGUCGGUUUACAGAGAGACAGAUGUUACAUACACCGCAGCUCCGUUAUGCGUGGUCACCAGUGACCAGAGAAGCUACUCGAUGCAAUGCAUCUGUUUCAGAUACAGAAAUAUAGAGAAGCUAUUUAUUGAGAUUUAAGUUAUUGUUAUUUAUUACAGUUCACUAAUGCGUUUCUCUCUUUUUUUUUUUCUCCCCCUUAUUUAUUAAAGUUUCUUUUCAAAGGUGCCAAAGUAUAUGUGCUCGCAAAAGGCAGAGAGAGGUGACAAAGGAAAUUUUAAUUGGGAACAAGGGUCCAUGCUUUUCAGAGGAUUAAAACUGUUUUUGCUAGGCAAAAAUCACUUACUUUACCUUUUUAAGAAAAGCCCUCCUGUGAUUUCCCCAACUCUCAGCAUCUUACCUGUUUUUAUAUCUCAGAGAAGAGAGGUGCAAGAAGGAGCGUUUCUGACAAGGCCCCCUUUUCGGGAGCGGUGCGCAGAGACCAAGGCGCUCCCGUCGUUUCUUCACGGCUCCAUCUAUGAACAGAUAGGCCUCGUGCUCCAUCUCCUGUUGUAUUUAAGCUCUCGCUCCCCUUCGCAGGUCUGUGCGGUGCGUAACCGUAUUCAUCAAAGGAUAAUAACGGCCCCUUGGGUGGAUUCAUUGUAAAAGUCCUGCCCAGUAGCGGGGGUUCCACCCUGAUUCUGGAGACUCUUCCUCCUUCUUUCUAUCCCCCACUUUCUGAAAAACAUGUUCGGGCCCCAUGCAGCUACGGAGACCUGCAGGCCUUCCCCGGGUGGGGUCGGCCUGGGUGCCAUAAAAGCCACCAGGUGCUGCCUCCGUACACCUGACCCCUCCCUUGGAAAAGGUGGCCCGGGAGGGUGAACAGGGAAGCUGGGCCACUGGGGUGCCGAAAGCCUGUGACGGGGCGGGAGCGCAGGCGGCCCGAUCAUGGAUUUGUUUGGCAGCUGACCCCGAAGGGCCCUGGGCCCUGUUGUAGAGCUGGACACACAUUUCAUAAAAGGCACUUUUAUCAAACAGAUCAUCCAUCACUAGAUUUAGCAAUUUAAUAGGCUACUGGCCUCCCGCAGAUAAUCAUGUGAAUUUCACAGAGAAACCGAGAAGCAGCAGUUAGUUACCAGACGUCCCUCCCCCCCCGCCCCAGAGGAUGUGAGUUGUCCAGGGUUCUACACCCCUAUCCUUUCUGCUCCCCUUGCACAACUAGGAAAUAGAGGAAAAGGGCCUCUCACUUGCCCUCUCUUGGGGUCCAACUGGGGACCUAGCCGAGGAGCGGCCUGCUCAAAAUAGGGACAGACCGAGCCACCGGUCAUUCAUGAAGCGCAAUGUGAUGCAGCCCCAGGAUCCUCUGUCCCAUUCAGAGCAUCCUGGCAGAUCUGGAGGCUGGUGUCCCCAGGGGUCAGCCUCAGUCCCAGCUCCCUGUGGAGAGUCCCUGCCCACAGGGGCGGUAGGAUUCCACGGAUGCUGACAGCUCGUUCCCAGCAUCACCUACACACCAUAAGCAGGUUUUCACUGAAGCAAGUCGCUCCAGCAAAUCCACAAAAGGGUAAAGUUUGUGAUUUUGUCUUUAUCAUUGCGAUUACCAUCUGAUCCAAUAAGGAGUGCACUUCUUUGGAAGUUCUGACUUCUCUGAUCUGUCUCGGUCGUUUGUGUUAUACAACCAAAGUUCUCUACAGACUUUAUUUUUGUACAAUAUUAUUUUGUAACUUUUUACAAAUAAAAACUCAUUUCUAUUGCU